GCCUCUCCACCGGGAUCGUCAUUCCAGCCAUGCAUGUACCAGCAUCCUCAUGAGCUGACCACGUUUCAAAGGCCUCCCGCAACAAGGGUCUAGAAGCUCAUAUUGGAAGGUCCAGAUAUGCAAUCUUGUCACGCCUCAUUCGGGUUUCAUCCGCCAUCCAAUGAUCUAGACGUGUCUCACUGCUGACCGGAUCCACUGGCGAUGGCCUUCCCUUUAAAUACGUACAUAGUAGCAAAAGUGGGCACGGCAGGCUGCCCCAUCAGACAUCUGUCAGAUCUGACUCCUCCUUUCCUCCCCUUGGCAGCUCCAUUUUGUCUCUCACUUCAGCCCCUGCGCUGUCGCUCCUUCUUCAUACAUACACCCAUCACCAGAGCUGCCACUCCUUCCAGCUCCAUUCGCUCUCUAUUACACUUCUUCAACAGCAUCAGCCACUAGCUGUGGUUUCUAUCAGGGUUCCAUAGACCGCCAGUGCCAUUCAACGCUAUAUCAACAUCAACAUCAAUACCUCAGCCUGGUUUCUAGUGCAUACUACUAGUCCGCGUGGCAUAUUGAUCCCACUCAGCGUUCUGAUUCGCAAGCCUUAUACAUACCCAGCCAAAUAAAAUGUAUAUCUCCAAGGUCCUUCUCGUUACCUGUGCGGCCUUCGCCCCGUUCGCCUCUGCUGCGGUGCAGGCCAAACCCACAGAUACACCUGUGCCCGUCUCAAGCACGCAUGUCGCAUCCUCGCCGCUGGCACCAACUCCGACUCCCGUUUCGCCCAGCCCCCUUCAUACAGCCAGCAGCAGUGUUAUCAUCAGCAGCAGCAGCAGCGUCAGAUUCUACCCCAGCUCCUCCGCUUCGCCAAGCCAUAUGGCAAGUUCUAGCCGUCGCGUCUCCAGCUCCGCUAUUUCCAGCUCCGCUAUUGCCAGCUCAUCAGCUUCUUUCACCAGGUCAUACAUCACCAAGGCAUCAGCUCGCCCGACAACCACGACAUCGACUGACGCGGACUCAAAAUCGAACUCAAACUCUGGUUCGGACUCUGAAUCCGCUACUGCGGCUGCAGCAUCUGCUACUCACUCGGGGGCCGCCGCUCCGGCCGUCCAGCUUUCUGGAGGUGUGGCUGCUGGGGUCCUCGCCGCUGCAGGAUUUAUCAUGCUCUAAAGUACUACUAGUGAUUACUAGUGGACUGCUGUCUUAUGGUCAUGCCUCUCGGUAAUACCAGAGUGGCAUGGAUAGCUGUCUGCACCAAAUUUGAGUAUCAGAGGGUGAUGUGGCAACGAGAAAGGAACUCCUAACGACAACUCGCUGAGAAGAAGCAUCCCAUAUAUGUACUAUCGUCAAAUUAUGAUUUUGAGCUCUCCUUUCGGACAGCAGUUCCCUCUCGUGUGUUCACUUUUCAUCAUGUUUAUAGUUCACUAGCCUUGCAUAUGUCCAUCUGACGGGUCGGCAGCGCUCGCUUAUCUGUCAAAGUUGUGACAUUAGUACCUUGCACCUUCUUUAUUUUCGUGUUCAUGCAAUUGCUACUAAUUGAUUUUCUCUCUUUCUUUCAUUAUUUGCCUUUGUCCACUUAGUAG